AUGGCAGGUGUUUUAUUUGAAGAUAUAUUUAAUGUUAAAGACAUGGACCCAGAAGGAAAGAAAUUCGACCGAGUGAGUCGAUUGCAUUGCGAAUCGGAAUCGUUUAAAAUGGACCUUAUUUUGGAUAUAAAUUCUUGGAUCUACCCCAUGGAACUCGGUGAUAAGUUUCGAUUGGUAUUAGCAACGACCCUACGGGAGAAUGGCUAUCCUGAUGGUGGUGAAUGGAACCCAUUAGAAACGGAGGGAAACCGUGCCGACAGUUUUGAAUAUGUUAUGUACGGCAAAGUUUAUAGGAUAGAUGGUGAUGAAGCAGGCAUGGAACCAGCGUCUCGGUUAUCAGCGUAUGUCUCCUUUGGUGGUCUCCUCAUGAGGUUACAAGGAGACGCAAAUAAUUUGCAUGGCUUUGAAGUCGAUCAGCAUAUGUAUCUACUAAUGAAGAAGUUAGCUUUCUAG